GAUGGCAGAGUUCACAUUACAUAAAGAAAAUUACUAUAGAAAUAAAUUAGAAUACAAUGUUAUUACUGAAGAUGUAAUGCGUUCUCAAGCAGAAGGAUACAUUCGAGCAAUACAAUGGAAUUUAAACUAUUAUUAUAAUGGUUGUUGUUCUUGGUCUUGGUAUUAUCCUCAUCAUUAUGCACCAUAUAUUUCUGAUAUCAAGGACUUUGAAAAUAUCCAGCUUGAAUUUGAUUUAGGCCAACCAUUCUUACCUUUUCAGCAGUUGUUGGCAGUAUUACCAUCACUUAGUAAAGAGUUAUUACCAAAACCUUUUCAAGAUUUGAUGAUAGAAGAAGCUAGUCCAAUUAGAAUGUACUAUCCUGAACAAUUUGAAACUGAUCUCAAUGGAAAACAACACGAAUGGGAAGCUGUCGUAUUAGUUCCUUUUAUUGAUGAAGAAACUCUAUUAAAGUCUAUGAAAAUGGUCGAACACAAACUUUCAGAUGAUGAAAAAAAAAGAAAUUCACAUGGUCCUAUGUAUCUUUUUAAGUAUACCAAAGAAAAUAUGGGUAUAGUGUCAAACUCAAAGUAUUUUCCACCUAUUCAAGAAAGUCAUGCACAUAGAAUAUUGAUUAAUCGUGAAGAUAUUGCCGUUGAUCCUAAUGAUUUAGUUAAAGGUUUGUGUCCAAAUGUAAACUUGGAUGUUUAUCAUGUUGGGUUUCCUACUCUUCAUCUCAUACCAAUUACAGCUGAAUUACUCAAGAAAGGUGUAAAAGUUUUUCAAUCUUCAAGUUUGGGUGAAAACAUGAUAAUUAAAAUAAUUAAUCAAGAUGAAAAUAUUGAAGGCAAUAUACAAAGUAUUGCUAAAGAGUUACUUGGCAAAACUGUGUAUGCUAAUUGGCCUCAUCUUGAAGAAAUAAAAGUUACUGCUAUAUCUAGCAAAUCUUUACUUUUGUCUCUUGACGAUAAUGAGCAUGUCAUUGUUCGAGAUAUGGAUGAUUCAGCAGUACAGGAAUUCAAAUUACUUUCUCAAGGGUUUGCAAAAACCUAUAUGUCUACUCGUGGUAUUGAUAUUGGAAAAACUUCUAUACUGUUGCGAGGUCAAAAAUUAAAGGGAACUAAAUAUAUACCAAGACAAGAUGGCAGUGGUGUAGAUUUAGUGAAAGCUUGGUGUGAAAUUCCUUCAACUGUAGCAUUUCAAACAGCUGUCCUUGAUUUAGAAGUUAAUGACCCACAUAUUAAACAAAGUUAUUUUGCUCUUGAAGAGUACUUCCCUGUUGGAGGAAAUGUUUUUGUACUGGAUGCUCCAUUUUACGGUUGUCAAGCAGAAGUGAUUGGUGGUUAUAUAUCUUCUAGAAUUAAAAUUGAUAUAACACUCACACCUGAACCAUACUUCUAUGAUCUCCGUGAUACUCUAAAUUCUGUUUCUAUUGAAAUGUUUAAUGCAAAUGCUGCUGCAGCUCAACUUGCUUUAAGUCCGUAUUUACUAGCCAAACUCACUGGAACAAUUUUUUUAAUGGUUGAUAGUGAAGAAGAUAGACAUGAAAAAAAAAUAAACAUUGGAAUGAGUCUAAAAUUUAAUAAGCGAAAUGAAGAAGUUAUUGGGUACACAAAAAAAGUUGAAAAAUAUUGGCUGUAUUCUCAAAAAACUAUUGAUUUGUUACGUGAAUAUUUAGAACGUUUUCCAGAACUUCAAAAUUUAGUAAACACUGAGAGUACUAAUGACACAUUUAGAAUAGAGGAAAUGUUUCCAGAUAAACAAACAAGAAAAGAAAAAUUAGAAAAAUUGAAAUCAUGGAUUUCUGAAAUGCGUUCAUUGACUAAACAAAAACAAACAUUUGGUUCAAUGGAACCAUGCAAAGUUGCAGUUCUUGAAAAGUAUAUGGACGAUUUUAUUGAAAUAAACUCUAAGCACAAAAAAAUUAUCAGUCUUAAUGUAAAAUCACAAAAUCUUCUUAAACCAGUAACUAAAUUGGAUAAAUUAAAAGCUGAUGAAGAUGCUGAUACACGUGUGUUAGAUCGUGUAGUAUGUAUACGAUCAUCUUAUCAAGUCCCACUUGGUUAUAAAGGCACAGUUAUCAGUAUUAAUAAAUCAAACGUUGAUACUGAAACUGUUUACUGUGUAAUAUUUGAUAAAGAAUUUGCUAAUGGGGUUUCUUUAGGAGGUAGUCCUAAUAGAGGUUAUAAACUUUGUAGAAUGUCAUUUAUUAACUUAUCACAUGCUAUACGUAGUGGGCUUUAUAAACCAUUAGUUGUUAAAGUACCAAUUAGUCAAAGAUCAAAUACUGAAAAACAGAACACUCAAAUGAGCAUUUGGGAACAUUUACAGUCAAAUUCUAAGAACUUAGAUAAAAUAUCAAAGAAUACUGAAUCUAAAUUUACAUUAGCUUCAAAAGAAACUUGGCGACGACAACAAUUACAGAACGAGUCAAAUUCAGUAAUGAACAGUAAUAUUUCCCAAAAACAAGGACAACCUGUUGAAGAAUUAAAGAAAACCCAGAGCAGUCAAAAUUAUAACAAUAAUAAAUCUAAUAAUUCUUCUUUAUUGAAUGCUGAUGCAUGCGAGUUCACAACAUUGGCUCUUAAAAAAAUGUUAAAAAUUCAAUCGGAAGAUAACUCUAUUAUAAAAACCAAUUCAAAAUUGGAGUCAAUCAAGAGUUUCUCCAGUGCACCAAGUGGUUCAAGUUAUAAUAGUAAAGAGCAAAUGACUGAGAAUAAUUUUAGCAGGAAUAAUGAUAACAGUAUACCUUACUUCCCAGCAGAACCAUCAACAUCUAUGACUGCUGCUCUAGAGAGCUUUUAUAUUUCUAAAGGUUAUGGAACACCCAGGUAUAGUUUUACAAAUAAAGUAGAUAAGAAUAUGAAAUUGUAUAGUGCAUCUGUAUUAUUACCAAAUGGCAUAACUUUACCAGGAGAAGUAAAACCAACCCAUACAGAGGCCACUGAAGAUGUAGCUGCUCGUGCCUUGAUUAUUAUAAAAAAGAUUGAAUCUAACCAAAAUAAAGCUGAACAAGUGAUAUCUAAUAAUUUUUCUCAGAAAAUAAAUCCUAGACUGGUUACCCAACAAGAAAUAGCAAAACAAAUUCCACAACAGCAAGCACCAUCUAAUGCAUACAUGAACUGGAUAUCAUCAUAUCCACAUCAGUCUUACCAACAACCUAUUCCUCAACAAUCAGUUCAAUAUUUUAAGGGACCUCAAAUCGCAUAUCAACAAUUCCAGCCUCAACAGUUUUUAGCUCAAUAUGCACCAAAUUAUCAAGUACCAAGACAGUCAUAUCAUCUACCUUUUGUAUCACAACCUACUUUUACUCAACAAAAUGUAGUUAGUGGAUACUCGUUACCAUCACAACAGUAUUUUAACUAUCCUCAAGAAAUGCAGUACUCAAAACCUGUACCUACAGUGUUUCCUAAUAUUGUAAAUCCAGCUCAGUUGCCACAGCCUCCAAUUCACUGGCAAGCAACUCCUAGAAAUGUUCCAACAGCUAAUAAUGAAAUUCUCAUGAACCCUCUACAGCAAACUUAUCAAUCUCAUACAACUAUAAGUCAUCCAACUUAUACACGAUCAGUACCAAAAGAAAUG